CGCCACCGCUCCCGGCUGGGGUCCGCUGCCGCUCAGCCGCCGGCAAAAGCUCCCUCCCUCCCGGCCACCCAGUCGGCCUCCACCCGGCCGCGCCCGAGCUCUUCGCGGAGUCCUUGGGGAUACGGAGGGAGCGCGCCGGGGCAGGGCGAGCGGCGCUGCCGGAGACUGCCCGCGAUGGCAGGAGCCUGGCUCAGGUGGGGACUCCUGCUCUGGGCAGGGCUGCUGGCGUGGUCUGCGCACGGCCGGGUGCGGAGGAUCACGUACGUGGUGCGCCCGGGCGCCGGGCUGGCGGCGGGAGCCUUGCCUCUGGCUGGGCACCCCCGGACCUUCAACGUCGCGCUGGACGCCAGGUACAGCCGCAGCUCGUCCGCCGCCUCCGGCCGCGCCUCGGCCGGGCCCCCAGCCGAGCGGACCCGUCGCACCAGCCAGCCUGGCGGCGCGGCCCUGCCCGGGCUCCGAUCGCCGCUGCCACCCGAGCCCGGGCGUCCCGGCGCGCCCGGCCGGCAGCUGCACUCUAAGGCCGGCGCUCAGCCCGCGGUCGCCCGCUUCGCCAAACAUGGCAGGCAAGCCGUGCGCUCCAAAGUGCAGCAGGACACCCAGAGCGCCGGGGGCUCCAGGCUGCAGGUUCAGCAGAAGCAGCAGCUGCAGGGGAUCAAUGUCUGUGGAGGGCGGUGCUGCCACGGUUGGAGUAAGGCUCCUGGUUCCCAGAGGUGCACCAAACCAAGCUGUGUUCCGCCAUGCCAGAAUGAAGGGAUGUGUCUCCGGCCUCAGCUCUGUGUGUGUAAGCCAGGGACAAAGGGCAAAGCCUGCGAGGUCACAGCCGCCCAGGACACUGUGUCACCAGUCUUCGGAGGACAGAAUCCUGGGUCCUCUUGGGUCGCUCCUGAGCAAGCAGCAAAGCGUACUUCAAGCAAGAAGGCAGACACAUUACCAAGGGUCAGUCCAGUGGCCCAGAUGACCUUGACCCUUAAGCCGAAGCCAUCAGUGGGACUCCCCCAGCAGAUACGUUCUCAGUGA